CAGUGUUGACUUUGCCCUCUGAUGAUGAUGCCGCACAGCUGACCUAAUCGCGCCGAAGUAUUCAGUGCCAUUAUCCAUCAUGUCGACCUAUAUCCUGGGUCUAGACCUGGGUACCACCUCGGUAAAAGCAGUUCUGUUUGAAACUGACUCCAGAGCUGUAGUUGCGACUCACGCUUUGCCCACGGCGUCCGAUAUCAUCAACAAUAGCGUCACAAAGGCCAAAGAGCAGGAUACUCUUAGGAUCAUAGACACUUUGAAUCGGUGCGUCGGCCUUCUGCCCAGAGACAAGCUGCAGCAUGUCAACAGCAUCGGGCUGUCCGGACAGAUGCACGGGGUUUUAUUCUGGAAAGCAAAGAGCGGUUGUGAUUGGUCCAACAGAGACUUCUUCACAGCCAGAGACACCAGUCAGCUGAUCACUUGGCAGGAUGGCCGCUGCAGCAGUGAACUCUUGUCCUCUCUCCCAAAACCAGACUCACAUCUCAGUGUAGCCACAGGGUUUGGCUGCGCAACAAUCUUCUGGUACAUGAAACACAGGCCUGAGUUCCUUGAAGACUUCACAGUUGCAGGUACCAUUCAGGACUAUGUGGUGUCCAUGCUGUGUGGUUUGGAUGUGUGUGUGAUGACACCUCAGAAUGCAGCCAGCUGGGGUUUCUUCAACACUUCCUCCAACCAGUGGAAUAUAGACAUUCUGAGGGGCGCCGGCUUCCCUUUGACCCUGCUUCCUCAGUGUGUGCCAUCUGGCGGUUUGGCAGGACAGACGUGCUCUGACUGGCAUGGUAUUCCUGCCGGUACACCAGUAGGGGCCGCCCUGGGAGACUUCCAGUGCUCUGUCUACUCCUGCAUGAGUGCGAGAACAGAUGCAGUUCUUAACAUAAGCACCUCAGCCCAGCUGACCUUCGCCAUGCCAGCUGACUUCAAACCUCCACAUUCUCCUCAGCUGACCUCCUCCAUCUCCUACUUCCCCUACUUUGACUCCUUGUACCUGGCGGUGGCAGCGUCGCUCAACGGAGGGAAUGUACUGGCCACUUUUGUGGAGAUGCUCACGACCUGGAUGAAAGAGCUCAAUGCUGAGCUGAGUGAUUCAUGCUUAUAUGAGAAGCUGAUUGGUUGCGCCCUAAACCAGGAAACCAGUGACCUGAGGGUGAGUCCAACCAUCCUCGGAGAGAGACACAACCCCUUCUGCCUCGGUCAGGUGACCAACAUCUCUGCCUCCAAUCUCUCUCUGGGUCACGUGACCAGGGCGCUGUGCAGCGGAGUCCUGGACAACAUCACCUCCAUGAUGCCUGUCGAGCAUCUGCAGCAGGCGGGGGUCAGCAGGAUCGUGGGCAGUGGGAGCGCGCUGGCUCGAAACGAGGUGCUAAGGCAGGAAGUUGAGAGAGCGUUUCCUCAGCCGGUGGUGUACAGACAGAAUGCGGACUCUGCUGUUGGCGUGGCCAUGGUCCUCUGUGACCGACUUUGAAUGAGACUCUUAAUCCACAGGGGAAUCCCUGUCUGUUUACAUGAUUAACUGAGAAUUUUGCACACUUCUGAAUACCAUAUCACAUGGUAUGACUUCGUUUAAACAAGGACCAAUCAAGCAAACUGAAAUACUGAAACUUAUUUUGAUCUGUGAAGCAAAAACAGAACCUGUGUUUGUCAGGACAGGGAUCAAAACUCUUGUGUAUCCUGUGGCUCAGUAUGAGUGGAGGGGUUGUGGAAAAUUUCAGACCAAAGGACAGAAUCUACCAAGUGAUUGACAUACUGGCUCAAUGUAGCUGCUGAGAGCAGCAACAAAUCUGCCAUUUACAACAUUUAAAUACACUGUGACUGAAGUGUUUGACUGAUGUGUUAGUUUUUUCCAAUAUCAAGUCAAUGCAGCAUCAAAUAUUUGUACUAUUUUGGAAAGAUGCUCAUCAUCUUUCUUCAGAAAAAAAUCUACUGUAGAGCUAAUUUCUCCACUGACUGCAGCCUUAUUAGGGCUGUAUACAGACAACAAACGACACAUUCUGUUAUCACUCAGCUUUACAGCUGCUGGUUUCUGCACCAACACAGAUGUACUAAGAGCAGAGAGCAACAAGUUUAUGCUCAUUCCUGCUCAUUGCUGAAAGGCAUAUUAUAUAAAAUCAAUGAAACAUGUUAACAUCCAAGCAGAAAACAGGCCAUCAUAUAUUACUGUGUCAUUGUUUUUUCCUUCCUUCUGUCUGCCUUCUAUAUCAGAUGAGUUUGUGUUUCCCUCUGGGUUUGAUGUUUCCUGCUCAACUCUCCUUAAUAUCUUCACUUCAACAGUCUGGAAUUGCUUAAGGGACCCACUCUAUUAAUUGCGGUGUUGCACGUGUACAUGGGUCUGUAUCACUGAGCAAGUUCAACUUAGUCCAACUGACUGUGGCUCUACUGGCUCAUUUAUUGUAACUCUGGGUUUUCCUGCUCAGCUCUAAGCACAUUCACAUGGAAGAGGUGGAGAAAAAAAGCCACACUGAGUAUACUUUAUAUGUCAAAUUAUUAUUGACUCUAAAAAGAUUUGAUAAACAAAUGUUGCCUCAUGUUAUUCUGAGCAGUGCUGAAGGAGUAGGAGUCUAAAAAUUAUACACCAACAGGAAUCCUGUGGGGAAUGAAAGAAACUUUGUGAUUGUUGGAAGCCUAAUUUUAAUAUUCAUAAUAUCUCUAUUAUCAAGAAAAACAAAGUAAUUCUACCCAUCCUAAAAAUGUCUCUAUUGCUCUUCAUCACUUGUCACUUUAUUAUAAACUCAGUCCCAGCGAGGAUCCAAUGAUGACUGAAUCUUUCCACUGAUCUGAUUGGUCAGUUAGGUUUUGAUUUGAUACUCUGAAGUUCACCUGCUCUGGAGUAGGUAAAGACAUGCAACAUUGGUUACCAAUGCGAUUUGCCUUGAUCAAAAAGUGUGUCAUGAUAUGAGUUAGGCCCAGAGACAGCGGCUAAGCCACUAAUGUUUGUGAUACAGGACUCAGGUCAGCACAUUUAUUCAGGGAAGGGUUUAGUCUGGUGCAGGAGCACCUUCCUUAUCAUUCACACACCUGCAUAAAGUCUGGCACUGGCUGGCCUCAGAGUAUCUCAACACGUGCACCUCAGGUUCAGAGUGCCUUGCUCAAGAGCUGAGCUAUACUAUUAUAGUAUGUUUCACUGUUCCUGUCCAGUUUGUCCCAGCAGAUUCAAACUAUCUGGUUAUAUUUUCUUUAAAUUUUAUCCACCCACUGGCCCUAUUUUACAAAGACAGCUUUUGGUUUAAGGGAUAUGAAGCUUUUUUUAUUACCAAGUUUUUAUUUACAUGAAUGAUUGCUGCACUUUCUUUGCCUUCUCUUGAUUUUACGUCUUAAUUCACAUUUCCACUUUGAGUUGCUACAAGUACAUACAGUUGUAACUGUUGAAAACACACAUGACAUCAGUGUUAUUAGUAUUGCUAGUUAAUAAUUUGCAGCAUUUUGUUGAAAUUACUACAGUUAAUAUGCAGAUGUUUUUUCUGUCACUGGACCAAUAGUUGACACCUGAAGUGAUUAUAGUCAAAAUAAAGCAGUAUUAACAAUUCA